AAAUGAUACAUCAGUCUGUGGGUUGUUGUAUUUGGAUAGGAUCGAUUCAAUCAGUUUUUUUGAAUUUUGACAAACAAUUAAUUGACUUCACAGAUGGUCAGAGUUGUGAAAGGAAACCAUUAGCAUGAAAUUUGAGACGUGAAAUUCAAUAAUAGCUGUGGGAAAUCAUAAUAUCGUGUUUCGUUUUGCAUAUGUUGAAAACGUAGGCGUAGUUAUGAACUGAUUAUUGUUGAAAUUCAUAGAAAGUUGUGCCCUGUUUUCAACAAUAGUUCAACAAUGAGGAAACACUAGCGCUUUUAGUGUGGAUUUGUGAAUCGUGUUGAUUCGAAAAAGGGAUAAACGAGGCGUUUUUAUAAACGAAGUAUCGAGUGGACGGCAGUUGCCGCGUGCUUUUGACGGACCAUUCUGUCAGCUGUAAAUCCGUCUGCUCCUGGCAUUCUAAAUUCGAACGCCGAAAAAACUGCCAACGAAUACGUUGAUUCGUAAAUACGAAACACUUGCAAUUCCAAUCGGCCGAAAAAAUGGCUAUGGGCAAAGGGUUUCGUAUUUAUGAAAAAUUAAGACCACCAAGUCCUCACUCUCUUCUGCUAGAGCAAAGAAAUCGCAAGGAUACAGUGCUCUUUGAAUCCCAAGCAGUUGCAGUAUUGUCUGUUCAAGAAACCGAAUCUUUAAAGUCUCAGUAUGUAAAAUUGCUUGAUGCUUAUGGAUGUCUCGGUGUACUCCAGCUAAAUGCUGGAGAAAGCACUUUGCUUUAUCUUGUCCUAGUGACAGGAUGUUUCUCCGUUGGAAAAAUAGGAGAGUCUGAGAUAUUUCGUGUGACCCAGACACACUUUGUUCCCCUGCAUUAUGUGCAGGGGAACGAAGACAGGAUAUCAGAAGUUAGGAAGGUCCUCAACUCAGGGACAUUCUAUUUCUCCUGGUGUUCUGGGCCACAAGAUGCACUGGACAUUACUCUUAGUGCUCAGAAACGCUGCAAAUCUAAUGUAACGGAUAACAGAUUCUUUUGGAAUCGAAUGCUUCACAUUCAUCUACUCAGAUUUGGAGUAAAUACCAGCCAAUGGCUACUCAAAGCUAUGUGCGGCAGUGUUGAAAUCAGGACUGUAUAUGUUGGGCAUCGACAAGCCCGAGCAGUUGUGAUCUCAAGACUGAGCUGCGAACGAGCUGGAACAAGGUUUAAUGUUCGAGGUAGUAACGAUGAUGGACAUGUUGCUAACUUUGUGGAAACCGAACAGGUGAUAUACUUAGACAAUGAAGUAACAUCUUUUGUACAGACCCGAGGGUCUGUCCCACUUUUUUGGGAACAACCUGGAGUGCAAGUUGGAUCGCACAAGGUUAAAAUAUCACGGGGUUUCGAGGCCUCUGCUCCAGCUUUUGAUAGACAUUUGUCCAUGAUAAAGCAGCGAUACGGACAGCAAGUUAUAGUAAAUCUACUCGGAUCCAGUCUGAUAGGCAGUAAAGAGGGGGAGGCGAUGCUGAGCCACCUGUUUCAUCGUCAUCACAGUGCUUCACAGCAUCGUGUAGACGUUCCCCACAUUCUCUUUGACUAUCAUCAGGAAUGUAGAGGCGGAAAUACCAAGAAUUUAUCAAAGCUGAAGGCAAAAGUCGAGAAGUACCUGAGAUCCUUCUCUCUAUUUUAUGCCGUUGGCACAGAAGUCAUGAAUGAGCAGAGAGGCACGUUGCGAACAAAUUGCUUGGACUGUCUGGACAGAACGAAUUGCGUUCAGACAUUCUUUGCAAUGGAAAUACUUGCUGUUCAAUUGGGAUUAUUGAAGCUCAUGGAGAAACAACAAAUGGUCUCCAGGUUUGAGGAAGUCUUUAGACAGAUGUGGAUAAACAAUGGGAAUGAAGUUAGCAAAAUAUACGCAGGAACAGGCGCCAUUCAAGGCAGUUCAAAGCUGAUGGACGGUGCGCGAUCCGCUGCUAGAACCAUACAGAAUAAUCUACUUGACUCCAGCAAGCAAGAAGCAAUCGAUAUCCUUUUGCUCGGCUCUACCCUGAACACUGAACUCGCAGACAGAGCGAGACUACUCCUCCCAUCAAAUAUGCUUCACGCCCCACCGAGUGUACUCAGAGAAAUGUGCAAAAGAUACAACGAGUAUGUUGUACCCAUGAACCUUCGCGUUGGCAUUGGUACUUACAACGUCAACGGGGGUAAACAUUUUCGUAGUGUCGUCUACAAAGAUGUUUCUCUGGCAGACUGGCUGCUAGAUUCACCGCGAAAUUCACCUUCUCUAGUUUCUGUGGAGCACGACAACAUUCCAGUUGAUAUAUUUGGUAUCGGUUUUGAAGAAAUAGUAGAUCUGAAUGCAAGUAAUAUAAUGGCAGCAAGUUCAGACAAUGCAAAAGCUUGGGCUGAAGAAUUGCAAAAAGUUCUAUCCAGAGACAAUGAAUACGUCCUCGUCACGUAUCAGCAACUAGUUGGAGUAUGUCUUUACCUUUUUAUACGCCCCGAGCACGCGCCCUAUUUGAGAGAUGUUGCAGUAGAUUGUGUAAAAACUGGUCUCGGUGGAGCCACAGGGAAUAAAGGAGCAGCCGCGAUUAGAUGCGUCCUAUAUUCGACCUCUAUUUGCUUUGUCUGCGCUCAUUUCGCCGCUGGGCAAUCUCAGGUUAGCGAACGGAACGCGGAUUACGCAGAAAUAACACGUAAGAUUACGUUCCCUAUGGGCAGAACUUUGAAUACCCAUGACUAUGUAUUCUGGUGUGGAGAUUUCAACUACAGAGUCGACAUGGACAAGGACGAAAUGAAAGAGAUGAUCAAGCGGAACGAUUUUGAUCAAAUUCUUCAAUGCGAUCAAUUGAGGGUUCAACAAGAUGAAGGCAAUGUCUUCAAAAACUUUUUAGAAGGUCCCAUCACUUUCCCACCUACUUACAAAUACGAUCUCUUCUCCGAUGAUUACGACACCAGCGAAAAAUGCAGACAACCAGCUUGGACGGACCGAGUUCUCUGGAAGCGGCGAAAACAAGUGCCCGAUAUCGAUUCACCAACCGAUUGGAACCCAGGCCGUCUGGUUCAUUAUGGAAGAGCAGAAUUGAAGCAGAGUGAUCACAGACCGGUAAUGGCGAUAAUAGACGUAGACGUUCACCAAGUAGACGUUGAAAAGCGGGAAAAGGUAUUCAAAGAGGUUAUAGAAGACCUCGGCCCCCUCGAUGGAACGAUCAUAGUGAAAGCGGUCGAAGAUGGUACCGAGGAUAUGGACAGCGUUUUCGACGACAGUUUCAUGAUGGCUUUGCUCCAGGAUUUUUCCCACAUAGGCGAAGUGAUUCUCGUGAGGUUUGUCGACGACACAAUUUGGGUGACCUUUAGAGACGGUCAAUGCGCUUUGGCAGCCGCUAAUAAAGGUACGACCCAAGUCUGCGGUCAAAAUCUCAGAUUAUCCCUGAAAUCCCCAAAUUGGGUGAAACUUAUUCAAAAAGAAAUCGAAAUAUGCAGCAACACCACGGUACCCUACUCCCUCGAACCGUCUCCCAGACACAGUCCCGUACAGGGUUUCGAAUCGCUCGAAUUAUCCGACCAAAAUAAUUACCCGGAACGCCACAGUCCCUCUCACAGUGCUCCACCGAGGCCUGCGCCUCCCGGUCGUCCUGCUCAACCCACCAGAAGUCCAGCUCAGGAAAGACGACCGGCACCAAGAGCGAGAGUUUACAGCGUCGUUCCAAAUCAAUUCCCUGUAACUCCCAGUCCUCCGGUAAGACCUCCUGAGUCGGACGAAAUCGAAAGACAUUCCCCCGAAUCGGCUAUUUACGAAGAGAUUCAAGACGCCACGCCAAGUUAUCCGAUUCCCACAAGACCUCCGCCACCUCUGCCCCGCACCGAAAGUCCUGAAGAAUUUCCAAACGGUCCGCCAACUUCCGUUCCUCCACCUCUUCCCCAUAGACAAGCACCUGUUCCACCACCUCAACAUCCACCGCCAAGUUUGCCUACAAAUAUGCCACCCCCGGUACCCGCCAGGACUACCGGAGGUCCCCCGAUACCCGCGCGAAAUCCUCAUUAAAAAAAAAAAAGAAAACAAUUCGAAAAAAAGUCAAAAGAACAAAGAAAAAAUAACGAUCAUUACGAGAAUGACGAUGACGAUAAUGACGAUGAUGUUUCUCUAUGGUAGCCAUUAUCUUAGCCAGUGAUCAACGCUUGUUGUUAAUUAUAAAUAUCCAUAUAUAGUCGACUAUUAUUAAUAUUUUCAAUUUAUCGGUGAUUCGCCCUGAUAUCGUAACUGCUUAUGAUCCUCGUGGGAUAAAAAGUUUCGUGAAGGAAGAGGAAUAUUGUUUGCAUUAGAUGAUGUAGAUGAAGACCUCAGUAUUAUUUCUGUGAUUGUAGUCGAUCCCCAUUAUUGUAUUGCUUAGGUAUAUAAAAAACGAUUUAGAAAAUCAUAAUAACAAAAAUGAUAAUAAUAAUAACAAUAACAAUAAAAACAAUAACAAUAAUAGUAGAAAUAACAAUGAUACUCAAUUAUAUUGUUAUUAUUAUAUUACGGAACGAUUACAGUUUUGAUAUUAAUGCUUUAGAUGAAAGUUAUGGAAAACGAAGAGAGAACAGUCGCGAAUUAAUUAUUUUACUUAUUUAUUGCAUGACGGUUUUAUUCGUAUACAAAUAUCCGUGAUUAUUUUUGAUGUUUUUCUUUAUUUUUUUUUGUUUUGUUUUAUUAAAAACUGUUAUGGGUCAGUAAUAAUAACGCAGCACGGUAUACUAUAGCCUUUUUAUCAUUACGAUUUAGGUAAAAGUCACAUUUACUCAACGAAAGAUUUCAAAAUGAUUGAAAAUAAUCCUCGAAACCUCGAUUGUUAUGUUACUAUAACGAAUUGUAAUGUGUAAAUUUUGAGAUCGUUAUAUAUGAAAUAAUAUUGUACAUAGUUUUCGCCAAACUAUGUAUAUCGCGCGGUGUAUAACAAUGUUUAUGUAAAUGAUGAUGAUAUUAAAAAUGAUAUAUGUAUAGUUAUUAAUUAAUAUUAUUGAUUUUUGACUACUAAAAACGCAGUUUUUAUUAGUAGUCUGUACCAAAACGAUAUGUAUGAUGUAUAUUAUGAUUAAAUUAAAUGAAAAUUAUAACAAAAAGAAAGAAAAGUUGAAGAAAAAUGUGAACAAAAAAACAAUUACAGUUAUGAAUUUAUGAAUGUUGUUCGUUAGAAUAUGUUAUAGCUCUAAUAAAUAAAAUUAUGAUAACGAAAUAAUAAUAUUAGAUCCAGAUGAAUUUUCGAACUGAUUGAGAGAUAUUAUUAAUUAUAUAUUUAUUUUGCAGCCAAGAUACAUACAUGCCAGUUGAAUAGUUUUACAAUAUAAUUAUAAUACAAAAUUAUUGUGAUUGAGAUGAAAUCUGUAGAUGAAGCAAAUGAAUAUUAUUAUAAAGCAUUUAUUCAUGAUACGCACUGAA